GGCUUCUGUGUCUGCUGUUGUAAGCGUUUUACACUUGGACACAUACAGUACGGGCUGUGGAGGACAGGUUGACAGCCAUGGUCGUUGGCUGUGCCUGGACAUUUAGUGAAGACCAGGCAACAGGUUGACAGCCAUGGUCGUUAAAGAGAUGUUCUCUCGGUGGGCUCUACUGUUGUUGUGUACUCUGCCUGUGAUGACCGUCCACUCAGAGAGAUGUCAGUGUCCAGGAGCCACUGUUUUGGGCCAGUUCCCACCUUUCCUACCCGCUGAGGCCUGCUGUCUGAACUACUCCGGUUCCACGUUCGGCAAUGUUCCCUGGGCCAGGCUCACCAACGGGACCGGACUACAGGUCCUGGACCUGUCUCACUGUAACAUCACUCAGAUCGACCUGGAGGACACAGAGACCACACUCUCUCCUCUCCAGGAGGUCUACCUGGGUCACAACAGAUUGAACACCAUCCCAGGGGACUUCCUGUCAGAUCUACCCAGCCUGAAGGUGCUGGAGCUGGGCAUGAACCAGCUGAGGGAGCUGCCUGAGGAUUUCCUCAAGGGAUCUGAUGGCCUCCAGGAGCUGGAUCUCAGGGGGAACCUCCUCCGCUCCCUCCCCACCUCUGUCCUCUCCCUGCCGGGCCUGGCGAGGCUGGAGCUGGGGGACAACCCCUGGGACUGCUCCUGUUCUCUGGUGGAGGGGCUGGAGGCCGGUGGGGCUAGCGGGGGGGGGCAGGGAAACAACAACAACACCAGCCUGCAAGGCAUCGUGGGUAACAUCACAUGUGCAUCUCCUCUGAGCCUGGCGGGGUGGCUCGUGUGGUCGGUGGCACCGGGAGACGUCUGCCGCUCUCCAGGUCUCACCGCACUUUUCAUCGUCCUGCCCCUCCUCAUCCUCAUCGGUCUGGUCCUCUGCUGGUGCUGCGGUAGGAAGAGGAAGAGGAAGGAGGCGCCCGCGUUCGGCUCUUCUAAGAGGAAGGCCUCUCACUCAUCCAACGGCCACCGACACCACCGCCGCUCUAAGCCCCCAGCGGGAGGAGGAGGAGCGGGCAACGUCCCCGUGGUGGGGGACAGCAGCAGGGAGGGCAUUUUAAAGAACCAGCUCCUCCUGCGACCCUCCUCCACCCUCCUGGCCUCCACCAGGGACAUCUAUGAGGAGGUGGAGAUACAGCUAGGUGGCUCUGUGGAGUCUCUUCCCUCUCCCUCUCCUGGGUCGUCCUCCACAGUGGGGAUCUCGGCCUGGCCGGCGUCCCAGACAGAGAGCUCCGAGAUGGGCAUGUGCAGACAGGCAGAGCUGGACACGGUGAGUGUGACGGAGGUGAUGAAGGACUCGGCAGACAGGGAGAAGGCUUAUAUGACCCAGUCCACUGAAUACUACAGUCUGGUGCCUGGGAUGGACCUGGACGACUCAGAUCACGACUCUGAUCACGGCUAGGAUCACGCAGCGUACGAGAGCGUUAACCUGUCGUGAAAACGGACAUAGGUUCACUAGAGAGAGUGUAUGUGUUGAUAUAAUUCCAAAUCAACCCCUAGCUCACCACCCCCUUGGUAUGUUACACCUUGACUGAGACAUCUGGUCAGGAAAAAGAGAGAAUGGUAUGUUACACCUUGACUGAGACAUCUGGUCAGAACACUGAAUAAGCAGUGAGAAUGGAAAACUAUUGUCUCUUUGACUGAAGAAUCACAAUUAUCUCACAGAAAGUGAUGUCACAUUGAGCUCUUCAGGAAGGGCUGACAUCAUCACUCUGAGCUCCACUUCCUGUGGGACCAGAGAGCAGCUCAGUCCACCGUGUGAACAGGACAGGGAGAGGAGAGAACAGGACAGGGAGAGGAGAGAACAGGACAGGGAGAGGAGAGGAGAGAACAGGACAGGGAGAGGAGAGGAGAG